CGCCUUCGCAAUCAUUCGCGAACGCGCGCGCACGCCGCGCACACACCUUCGCAUCCGUGUCUCUCAGUGAUACCUGUGACAUCACUACGACAAAAUGCCGAAAAAUAUUCUAGCGGAAAUGGGCUCCCAGGUGGGAUUGACCCCCGCCGUCCAGAAUAGAAAGGAGGCGGCAGAAUGGGCGCGACGGCACACCGGUCUCAUGGUCAACCCGUCUUUCGAACCAGACGAAUUUGCACCCGCAAGUCUAUCACCAAUGAAAGAAGAAAAGAAGGCACCAGGAGCAGACAAAGGGAUAUUCCUCGUAAGCAUGACAGAGAAGAACGCCCAAGAAGUAGAAGAAUAUGAACCAUAUGAGAACAGAGUGGUGGAUCAUCCGACCACGAACACGGAAACACUGCUACAUUUACUGAAGGGCAGUUUAGGAACCGGUAUUCUAGCGAUGCCGCACGCUUUCUCCAAGUCGGGUUACGUGGUGGGCGCGAUCGGCACCGUCGUGAUCGGCGUCCUGUGCACCUACUGCAUCCACGUCCUGAUGGACUCUUGCUACGUGCUGUGCAAGCGGCGGAAGGUACCGUCGCUCACUUACACGGCCGCAGCGGAGGCGGCGCUAUCAGAGGGCCCCGACUGGUGCAAGGCCUGCGCACCUUAUGCCGCGCACGUCGUCAACGCAUUUCUACUAAUUUAUCAAAUUGGUACUUGCUGCGUGUACGUGGUGUUUGUAUCUGAGAACAUUCAGUUCGUGAUGUCGAAGCAAUUCGGAAUGGAUGUGGCUGUGACUGAGGUCAUGUUAUGGAUUCUCGUGCCUCUCAUACUCAUCAACUGGGUGCGAGACCUCAAAUACCUCGCGCCGUUCUCCGCCAUCGCGAACGCCGUUACUAUCGUCAGCUUCGGAAUCAUCCUCUAUUACAUAUUCAGAGUUACACCUACAUUAGAAGGCAAAGUACCAGCUGGCAAAAUCGGAGACUUUCCACUCUUCUUCGGAACUGUACUAUUCGCGUUAGAAGCUAUCGGUGUGAUUCUGCCGCUGGAGAACGAAAUGAAGACCCCAAAGGCCUUCGUAGGAAAGUUCGGUGUCCUCAACCGCGCUAUGAUUAGCAUCAUCAUUCUAUACGUCGGUAUGGGCUUGUUCGGCUACCUACAGUACGGCAACGCCGCCGCCGGCAGCAUUACGCUUAAUUUACCAUCUGAAACUGAAAUCCUGGCUAGUGUGGUGCAAUGCCUGCUGGCGUUCGCUAUUUUCAUAACACACGGGCUGGCGUGCUACGUGGCCAUCGACAUCUUGUGGGGCGAGUACGUCGGACCUCGCAUACAUUCCGCACGCCGCACACUCUGGGAGUACGUCAUGAGGACGCUCGUAGUUCUGCUUACAUUCGGGAUUGCGGCAGCGGUACCAGAACUGGAUCUUUUUAUCUCGUUGUUCGGAGCCCUAUGCCUCUCAGCGCUGGGGUUGGCCUUCCCAGCUUUCAUCCAAAGUUGUACCUACUGGUACUACGUAUCCGAUUCAGAGCGUAUACGGAUGAUCAUCAAGAACUCAAUCGUAGUACUAUUCGGUACACUCGGACUAGUUGUCGGUACCUGGACCUCCCUAGAGGGCAUCAUUGUCAAGUUUUCCGGUCACGGACACGGACAUGAUUCUAUUGCUAAUAGCACUGAGAUUUUUAACCAAACAGUCUUAGCACCGUAAAAAACGUUUGAACAAAUGCUAGAGAGAGAGACAGAUAGGAAAGUGCCAUUUUGUGCAAAAUUGUCCGUGGCGCCUUCUAAGUACAAAUUGCGAAUGGGUCGGACAGAAUAGAAAUAGUCAAUAGCUUUCAACUUCAUUCCUUUACAAAUGGAAUUUACCUCAAUACAUGUUUUUUUACAUAUAAAAUUUCACAGAGAAUCGUUAAGAUUUAAACGAAUCUUGUAUUAACAAGCAAUAUUUGACGACGUUUAUUGUUCGCCAAUAUUGAGCAUAAUAAUUGUUGAGGUACAUGCAACUUGUUAUUUAUUUGAGUUUAGAUUAGCUAUGUUUUAUUUGUAAUGUUAGUUAAGGUAUUUUCAUGACAUUCAUCCAAUUUUCAACACAAAGUGAGACAGUUGUUUUAAAAGAAAACUAUCUGUUGCUCGCGACUUUGCCCCGUGUAAUUUAAAUAAUAGUAAAAUAAUGUAAUGUAGCUUUUUAAUGAUGCAAGAAUUUUUAAAUUCAGUCCAGUAGUUUUUGAGUUAUUACAAUAAAUACAAUAAUAAAAUACAAAUAUUUAUAAUACUAGUAUAGAUAACAAUGGUAAGCAACAAUGCAGCAAUAAUAGGUUAUGUACCUAGAGUAUUGAUUUAUAUAAUGUAAGUAAUUGUGUUUAGUGUAGCUGUCCCUAUCUCUUUAUAUAACUAAAGCCUCGUCGUACAUAGAGGCCCGCUGGCAGACUUGCCGAUUAGUGAAAUUGUAUAUUUUAUAAUUACAAAAUGCAAAUGUUAUUUGAAAAGCAAUUUAAUUUAGUGACGGUUGUGGAUUGCGGAACUAAUGAAAUGAGUUGUUCGAAGCUGUGAGAUUCUAUGUCAAGCGAUGUGGCAUUUCCGUAGAAUAAGCGUUAUGUACAAUUAAGAAUAGAAUACGAUUUUAAGGUAUUAAUAUAAAUAUUAUGUUAUUAUUGUUAAUAAACAAUGUCAUUGAACAAAAAUUUAUGAUUAUAGUAAUUUUUUAAACCUCGCGAAAUUGUUACCGAAUAUUUUUAAUAUUGACUUUUUGAAAGUUGAAGAUCGGUGCAUUAUGGCAGCGCAUGCGAUGUGCCCGCCAUCUAGUGCGGCUGAUUCGGACUGCAUUGUGCCAGAGGCUUGAUCCACUCAGCAGUUUUAAUACAUAAUCUGUGAUGUUGAUAGUUGAUAAAAUAUAUUUAUUAAAAGUCAAUUUGACUAUAAUCAUGUGCUCACCUGUUAGGAAUUGUUUAUAAUUUCAGUUUGAAAUAUAGAAUAGUAUAUUU